GGGUCUGGGAAGGGUAGAAGGGGCAUUGUCAAGUUUGGAGGGAUUUUGGUGCCGUAUAAGUAGUGGAGUAGGAGUUGGUGAACGUGCGCGGGAGGAGUAUGGCGCUUCCGUCGGCAUUCGGUGAAAGAGUUGAACAAAUGGAGGAGACGAGAAAGGAGCGUCUCUCUCUUCUUCAGUCGGAGAAAGAGCUUCAGCACAUCAAGUAUCAGCUCCUGGCUUCGAGAAUCUCCAACAUCACAUCCAUCCAACUCCGUUGCCUAAACCUUGAUCGCAAAAUAGCAUCUCACUACUUCAUUCUCUCUUCUCUCAAUUCCCGCCUCCACCACCACAAUCCCAAUUAUCAAAACAAGCUCAACAUAUACAGGGAUUUGAAGGAUGAGGUGGAGGAGUUGGAGGAAAUAGAGAAAGAGAAAGAGAUGUAUUGCAGUUUAGAAAGUGGAGAAAUGGAGGAAUUCAGGGACCAAGUCGGAAAUUUCCUCGUUGAAUGCCAAGUACAAGUCGAAGAAUUGAGGAGUCACGUCAAUCAGCUCAAAACAAGAUUUUCAGAACUUCAAGGCAGCCUUAACCAUUCAAAUAAUUCUGAGAUUGCUGCUGCUGAGAUGAGAAGAAAAGAACUUGUAGCUAUAAAAGCGAAUUUGGAGAAAAGCUUGGCAUUGAAUUACCAACUGCGAGAGCAGUUAACAAGGCAAGUUCUCAGUGCAUUGAUGGACCAAAAUCAAGAGAAAAAAUGAUUUGGUCAGUCUACCCCCAAAAAUCACCUUUGGUAGGCACAUCUUAGAGAAUUUCAAUGUAAAAAUGCAGAUUCAGAUAAGAGAUUAGUUAGAGAAUCGUGAUCGAUCGACAUAAAUUCUACUCUGAACACAUCUGUUGUUGUACAGGUAAGAUGUGUAGACCUUCCAUGUUGGUUUGCCUAAAUGUAGUCAAGAAUUUGAAUAUAUUUGUGGACGAUAAAAUAAAACACCUUACUCCGUAACAGACC